GGGAGGGAGCUGUUUCUCUUCUCUCCAUCAUCUCUUCGGUUUAUUCCCCACUCACCGUUCCUCAUUCGCGUCUUAUUUGAACUUCACGUUCCUGCUUCCUCUUCUUCUCCACCCCCCCACCCACCUCCCGGUUUAAGUUGGAGCGCGUGAUGAGCGCUUGGGUUGCAGCCGUAGCCGCCCGCGCGCCUCUGGAUCGGUGCAACGGAGCACGCGGACAGCAGCGGAGCCGGGCCGUGAUGUGAAACGCCAAUGGAGUUAGGGAUUUAUGACAGAACAUGGGGAAGAUGAGCGUCCUGUCGCUGUGUUUCCUCUUGUGCGCCGAUCUACUGGAUUUAGCCUUCGGGUAUUUAACAGUCACGAUAGAGCCCUUACCACCUGUUGUUGUGGGAGAAACGGUGACGCUGAAGUGCAACUUCAAGACUGACGGCAGAUUGCGAGAGAUCGUUUGGUACAGGGUUACAGAUGGAGGCACAAUCAAGCAGAAGAUUUUCACAUAUGAUGCCAUGUUUAAUACCAAUUACUCUCACAUGGAGGACUAUCGCAGGAGAGAGGACCUGGUGUAUCAGUCAACAGUCCGGCUCCCAGAAGUGCGAAUUUCAGAUAAUGGGCCUUAUGAAUGCCACGUGGGCAUCUACGAUCGGGCCACCCGGGAAAAAGUGGUCCUGGCAUCAGGGAAUGUCUUUCUCACAGUUAUGUCGCCGCCGAACAACAUCUCAGUAGUAGCAGAGAACACACCAGCGCCGUUCAGCCGCUACCAAGCCCAGAACCUCACUCUGAUAUGCACUGCCAAAGGAGGCAAACCUGCACCAUCGGUAUAUUUCAAGCGAGAUGGUGAGCUGAUUGAAGUGAUCUCCUACGUCUCGCCAACAGCAACUGAUGAAGGAGGAGGUGCAUUGGGCGUGCGCAGGGCAAGACCUCUGCUCAGCAGGGAUCUGGAUGAGACCAAAAUGCAGAAAUCACUGUCUCUGCUUGGACGGCUCUAUACAGAGAGUCCGAGACGGAGUUACGCGGCCAGGCAAACGCGUUACGAGACCAGUCCGGCUACAGAGGCCAUCCCAGAGACGGUGGUGAGCCGAGAGUUCCCACACUGGGUUCAGAGUGCCGACCCGGCGUACUUCUUUAGCAAUGCCCACCUUCCUCAGAGUGAUGGUUCUGUGACCGUGCAAGCCAAGCUCACGUGGAUCCUGAACCCUCAGAUGGACAAUGAUGCCCUGUUCAGCUGUGAGGUUAAACACCCAGCCCUCUCCAUGCCUAUGCAGACAGAGGUCACAUUGUCUGCCCCUAAAGGUCCGAAGCUUACCAUGACCCCAAACAGGGCAAAAGUUGGAGACACAGUGCGCAUCAUAGUGCAAGGAUUCCAGAACGAGGUGUUCCCAGAGCCGCUGUUAACCUGGACGCGAGUGGGUGGACGUCUGCUAGAUGGCAGCAGUGAGAGGGAGGGCAGGGAGCUGGUGCUGGAGCGGGUGCCUGCAGAACUCAACGGCUCCAUGUACCGCUGUACAGCGCAGAACCCACUGGGUUCUACUGAUACACACACACGUCUCAUCGUUUUCGAAAACCCAAGCAUGAUGAAACACCCACAGAUUCAAAACAGUGGGGGUUCCAGUUUGCACGCGCACAGAGUGAUAUGGAUGAACCUCGUCCUCGUAUUGUCUAUCAAAGUGACAUGUGCAUUCAAAUAAAAACUGAGAGAUUGAAUAUAGUGAAAGAAUAUAUAAAAAAAUAAAAAAACAACUGCCCACACCUACGUGUCCGUCCACGCUGACCAAGCACAUACUACUGUCCCACCCUGGCACAUUUUUUGGACUGUCUUUAGAGGAUACCUGCAACAUCGCCAGGAGUUGCCACGUUCUCGCAUUCUUUUUCUUUUUUUUUUUUUUGUAAGAACUUGAUAAUGAGAUGUGUGAUUAUAACUACAAAAACAAAAGAUAUUCCUAUUAUAAGAAGAAGCUUCACCUAAAGUAUUGUCCAUGCCUCAUUUUUUUGUCUUUUAUCUCGGUAAAAAGAAAAGAUACAAAAUGUAAAAAAAAAAUAAUAAUAAAUCUCUGGGCUUUUUCCUUCUUUGAGCCGAACUCAUGAUGUCAUUGUGGUUGUCGUGGACUGCGAUAUGAACAAUAAAGACUAAAAAACAAAAAGACAAAAACAAUAAUCGCUGCUCCACCCAUGUACAACUACACUCCACUCGAGCACAAACAUCCUCUUUUGGACACCAUUUUUUUUCUCCUUUGGGAUGGGAUAUUGUUUUCUCCAUUUAUUUUUUUGGUCUUGAAUGGCUCAUGGCUGGAAUGGACAAAAAAGACUUCUAAAAGACAAAAAGCCCUGUGAACUGGUGGGAUUUUAUUUGAGAAGUAAAACAGAAGACCCUCUUUUUAAAUGUAUUUUGUGUACAUCCGUGUAAAUACUGAGAGGUAUAUUAAAAAGAAAAAAAAUUAAAUUCAGAGUUAUAAGGGGGUUAUGGGGUGAUGGGUGGGAGAUUAGCAAAGCUUUAUUGCUUACACAUGUUUGGUCAUCCCCAGUUCAGUAACACCAUCAUUAAGGAAUCAUAACAAAUGAAUUUUAUUCAAGGACCGUAAGUAAAAAAUAGAUUUCCCUUACUCUGAUUUAAUGAUCCCUUAAACCUGUGCAUCAUGAUGGCAGGAUUGAAAGAAGAGGAAAACACAUCCUUAACAUAGUGUACGUCUGGCUCUCUUCUCCAGGUUGUGGUGCAUGUGACGUUUGGCGAUUUCUCCUCCUCUGCGUCUGUUACGGUGGCGGCAUCGUCACCACGCUCUGCUCUCACCCACCUGUUCUCCCCCCCCCUUUUCUUGUUGCAUAAUAUAUUCAGUGACCUGCAUCGUGUACAGUAUGUAACUCUCUCCUAACAGGUACCGUUAGGAUCAUGUUAUUCACCGUUUAUCACCGUCCUCCCGUUUCUCUGUUCCUCAAAGGAGUGUAAACAGAGUUGUUGUAUUUGUUUCAUAUCACCUGUAUUAAAACAUGGAGAUGAUCAA